UACUUGGAACUUUGCAAGCACAGGGCCAUAUCUUCCUUCUCUCUGUGCAAUUGCAUUCUGAAGCCAGGGGAUGUUCUCGUCUACCCUCCUGAUCAUCCAGGGGAACCCCCGAGGGUGGGCAAGGUGGUGUUCAUGAGGGUUAUAGUAAUAACCCAAGAAAUCACGGUGAACGGACAGAAGCUUGGGGGAAAAAGAAGAAUGAAGUUAACAUGAGUUGAACUUCUGCCAUGAAUGCAAUCGAAAGUGACUGCAGAGAGCCAUGGAUUCAGAUGUCAAAAUAUUGAAUUGAGGGCAAGUUUUCAGCUUUUUCAACUCCAGACAAGAGAGGUUAGUGGCUCUGCUAUUUCAAACAGAGUGGAAGACUUAGAGCCUUAUCUUCACAGGUCAACGAUUCCAAUUAUGAAUUCCUACAACGGAAUGUUAGGCUUUGAAUAUGACAUUAUUGACUUAUUGUUCACUUGCCAAAAAUAUGAGCAACCCAAUAGUACCCUACUCGAGUGGGUGGGGCCACGAACCUCUAUAGUGUCAAGUUGAGUGGUGUAGGGCAAACUACCGCGUGGCGAGGGGGCUUAGUGCUCUAAAUCUCACAUCGGUUCAGUUAGGAGAAGAAGUGAAGUGCAUAAUGUAAUAGGUCAAACUUCCUAAUUGGUAACAAGCUUUUUCCUGGGCUCAAACUAGUAUGGGCUGGUGUUAACCCAAAGCAGAAAAAGUGUUACUAAUGCGGAGGGACGGGCUUUUACAAACCCUGUGGGUUGAAAAUGUGGGAGAUUUUUCCAAGCUCAGAAAUACUAUAUGUACACAUGAACAAGAAUCAUGAUAUGCACAAAAACAAUGGCAUUUCAAAGCUUGAUGAGAGCCUCCUCACUAUUUUUCCUGCUCCUAAUCCUCCUCAUGUUACCUUUGUCUCCUAAUGUUGCUUCUGAUUCCACUGAGGAAGCACAAGCUCUUCUUAAAUGGAAAGCCAGUCUUCACAACCAAACCCAGCCUCUCUUGCAUUCAUGGUCCAUCCUCAAUCCUGGUAAUGCCACCAACACAUCAAGUCCUUGCACUUGGUUUGGUAUUUCUUGCAACCAUGCUGGAAGUGUCACUGGGAUCAACGUUGCCGGUUCAGGUCUAAAUGGUACACUCGAAAAUUUUCUGUUCUUGUCAUUCCCCAGUCUUGCAUAUCUUAAUCUUAGUAUGAAUGCUCUCUAUGGCUCUAUUCCAUCUGAACUCAGGAACCUCUCUAGGCUCAUCCACCUUGAUUUGUCGACAAAUCUGUUUUCAGGCAAGAUUCCACAGACCAUUGGCCUGUUAUCCAAUCUUGAGGUUCUACACCUCCAGCUAAAUCAGCUAAAUGGUUCAAUUCCACAAGAAAUAGGCCAGUUAAAAUCCCUGAAAGACAUUGACUUGAGCAGCAACCAUCUUGAUGGAUCCAUUCCAGCUUCUUUGGGUAAUUUGAGCAAACUAAAUCUUCUGUAUCUCUACAAUAAUUCACUUUCUGGUUCCAUCCCUUUUGAGAUUGGACACAUCAAGUCUCUUACACAACUAUGCUUCGAAAUGAACAAUCUCUCCGGUCCGAUUCCAGCAUCAUUAGGUGGUCUGUUAAAUCUUACUGAUAUUUUUCUUUGGGGUAAUCAGCUAUCUGGUUCCAUUCCUGAGGAGAUAGGAAACUUGAAGUCCCUUGUUAAUCUAGAACUAGGAAUAAACCAACUCAAUGGUUCACUUCCAAAUUCCUUAGCUAAUUUAACAAAUUUGAAGUAUAUGUUCUUGAGGGACAAUCAAUUCUCUGGUUCCAUUCCUCAAGAAAUAGGAAAUUUCAUGAAGCUGAUAGAACUGCAAUUGGACACAAACCAGUUCACAGGUUACCUCCCGCGGACAAUCUGUCGCGGGGGAUUACUUGAGAAAUUCAAUAUAUAUGACAAUCAUUUUCAAGGUCAAAUCCCAGGAGACCUGAGAAAUUGCACAAGUUUGCUGAGAAUCCGCGUUCAAGGCAACCAACUUGUAGGAAAUGUUUCUGAAGAUUUUGGUGUCUAUCCGGAGUUGAAGUUCGUAGAUAUCAGCCACAAUAACUUUUAUGGAGAAAUCUCACCUAAGUGGAGUAAGUGUCCACAGUUAGCCACUCUAUGGAUUGCUGGGAACAACAUUACUGGUAGGAUACCACCUGAGAUCGGAAGCUCAACUCAAUUUCAAGACCUUGAUUUCUCUUCUAAUCAUAUAGUUGGGGAGAUCCCAAGUGAGUUGGGGAAGUUGACUAAUUUGUUGAAGCUAAGGUUGAACAGAAAUAAUCUUUAUGGUGCUAUUCCUCUUGAAUUCGGGUCCCUUACCAAUCUCCAGUUGCUCGACUUGUCAGGGAACGGAUUGAGCAGCAUCCCAUAUGAUAUUAGUGCGUUGUCUAGUUUGCACUCUUUGAAUUUGAGUUGGAACAAAUUCUCCCAAGGAAUUCCAAUUCAAAUCAGUGAAUUAGUUCACCUGUCUGAGCUUGAUUUGAGUCACAACUCGUUCACCGGAGAAAUUCCAGCAGAAUUCAGCAAGUUGCAGGACUUGGUGACUCUGAACUUCUCUUACAAUAAUCUAUGGGGUCCUAUUCCUAACAACAAAGCAUUUCGAAUUGCUCCUUUUGAAGCAUUUCAAGGAAACAAUGGAUUGUGUGGCAAUGCUGAUGGAUUACGAUCAUGUGAAUCGGAGCCAAAGAAACGCAAACAUGGUUUGCCGAAAGGCCACAGGAUUGUGUUGAUAAUUGUCCUUCCUCUUUUAGCAGCACUUUCUCUGUCCAUUUUGCUUACUUGUAUAUUUCUUAGUAUCAAUAGAAAGAAGGAAGACUCAAAGAGCAAUAACCAAUCGCUUUUGUUGUCAACUUUUGAUGGAAGUGUAAAAUAUGAAGACAUCUUACAAGCGACCAACAACUUUGAUGUCCAGUACUGCAUCGGAAAGGGUGGUCAUGGAAGUGUCUAUAAGGCUGACCUGCCAUCCGGUGUUACAGUAGCCGUGAAAAAAUUCCACUCAUUACAAGAUGGUAACGAUGUGGACGAUCGAAAGGAGUUCUUGAAUGAGGUAAGGGCUUUAGUGGAGAUAAGGCAUCGAAACAUCGUGAAGCUCCAUGGUUUCUGCUCACAUUCAACAGAAACAUUUCUAGUUUAUGAAUUCCUUCAGAAGGGUAACUUGGCUACAAUCCUUAGCGACGACGAAGAAGCUAAAGAAUUGGAUUGGUGUAAGAGGAUGAAUGUCAUCAAAGGUGUCUCUCAUGCCUUAUCUUACAUGCACCAUGACUGUUCAACGCCGAUUGUUCAUCGAGAUAUAUCGAGCAAAAAUGUUUUACUGGAUUUGGAAUAUGAAGCUCAUGUUUCAGACUUUGGUGUUGCUAAGCUUCUCAAGCUAGACUCAUCCAAUUGGUCCAAGCUUGCUGGCACACAUGGAUAUCUAGCACCAGAGCUUGCUUACACAAUGAAGGUGACCGAAAAGUGUGACGUAUUUAGUUUUGGGGUGCUUGCACUGGAAGUGAUCAAAGGAAGGCAUCCGGGGGAUAUUGUCUUGAAUGCAGUGUCUUUGCCUCCAAUUCUACUGGAAGAACUUGACAGUUUUCUCGACAGACGGCUUCCAUUUCCGUCGAAUGCAGUUAUGGACAAACUGAUAUUCAUCCUGAAGGUGGCGAUUUCAUGCGUAGAUAUCAAUCCACAGUGUAGGCCAACAAUGCAACUUGUUUCGCAGUUAUUAUCCAAUGAAUUGUCCUCUCUUGCUUAAGUAGAGUCAUACAUUUUGGGAAGCUUAUCCUGACUUGAGAAAAGCUUGUUUUAGUCUCUCUUUUCUUCUUUUUUUAGGCUAGUUUUCUUGUUUGGCAUUUGUGUAGUUGAACAUUGUAUACCCUAAGACUACUUGAAUAGUCAGAAAUGUUUGAUUGUCUGCU